CUGCGAAAGAUCAAGAAACCCUAGUCUUCUUCUCCUCCAUUGGAGAAGCAAGAUGGCCGCCGGCGACGCCGCUAAGGACUACGCCGCCGGAUUCGUCGCCGGGGUCGCCACUGUCAUCGUUGGCCAUCCUUUCGACACUGUCAAGGUGAAAUUGCAAGCUUACAACACUAAGACACAAGUAAAGGAGUACAAGAAUGCUUGGCAGUGCACUAGUCGGAUAUUGAGGACUGAGGGGGCUAGAGGACUCUAUAGAGGUGCAACUUCAUCUUUUAUUGGGAUGGCGUUUGAGAGCUCCCUUUUGUUUGGCCUCUAUUCCCAGACGAAAAAAAUUUUGCAGGGAGAAACUCAAAGCAGUCAGCCACAGCUUCAAGUAAUAAUUCCCUCUGCUGCUUAUGGCGGAGCUAUAAUUAGCAUGAUACUCUGCCCAGCAGAACUAGUGAAGUGCAGAAUGCAAGUUCAGGGAACAGAGUCAUCAGUUUCCAAGUAUGCCAGAUAUUCCAGCCCUCUAGAUUGUGCUCUUCAAACCAUACGGAGUGAAGGGCUUAAAGGUAUAUUUCGUGGUGGUUAUACAACUUUGUUGAGAGAAUCAACUGGGAAUGCAACAUUUUUCACCAUUUAUGAGUUAAGUCGAUAUCACAUGCGCAAACGGUUAGACUCUAGUUCAUCUACCUUAGGACAAAAACCAAAGCUGUUGAUUGAAGCAGGUGUCGACAUUAUUAGUGGUGGUCUUGCCGGGAUGUCUUUCUGGUUAGCUGUUCUGCCAUUGGAUGUCGCAAAAACUAUCAUUCAGACCUCACCUGACACAAAUUCCAGUCGGAAUCCUUUCCAAACUCUGAAAUCAAUAUACAGGAGAGUCGGUUUUCGAGGGCUUUACGCCGGCCUUGGUCCUACUCUUGCAAGAGCAUUUCCUGCUAAUGCAACUGCAAUGGUCACCUGGGAGCUCACUGCUAAGCUUCUCGGAGUUCAGCGUCAUUGAUGCGAGGAUGCUGCAACAACCUCUGUUCUUCUUCUUCUUCAUCAUUUGUCUGAAAAGGCCUUGAAUUCUUCUUCAUUGCACUGCGGAUACAAUGAAGAAAUUUUUUGUGAUUUGGGGAGAGGUGGUCUUUUAAUUGUUAUCUCUGAUCACACUAUCCCAAUCUGAUUGAUCUUAGAGAACACUUGAUAGCUCCAUGAAUUCUUUUACAAAUUCAUGUGUAGUACUGUUAUUUUGUUAGCGUGAGUGUGAUAUUAGAACAGCGGUUUAUUCACGCACUUCUUUCUUUA